CCUGUGUCCGUCCGUGUGUCCGCUCCUCGGUGCCCCCGGCCGCUGCCGGUCCGUGGGACCCCCUGGCUGCAGCGUGACCGCUCCCGGAGUUUCGCUGUGCCCCGGGCCUCACCCGCGGAGCGGCUUCCCGUGAGCGGAGCGCGCAAUGGUUCGGAGCCCGUCGGUCAAGGGCCGGCGUGAUCGUGACUGAUUUCAAUAAUUAUGGGAUGUGCUGCUCAUUGCUCUGCUGUGUCAGGAGAUGGACUGGGACCAGUUUGACUUGAACCCUAAAACAAUUGCUGCCCUGAAAAAAGCUGACAUAAAAUCAGUAAAAGAGAUUUUAAACCUGUCUGGAGCAGACUUGCAGAGGCUGAUGAAGCUCUCCAGUGCAGACAUCCAGUGCCUGCUGAGAACAGUCUCCCACGCCCUGAGGAGGAACAGCAUGCUCACAGCACUUCAGCUCUACCAAGAUAAAGAUCAUUUCACCUCCCAGCACCAGAGGCUGAGCCUGGGCUGUCCAGUGCUGGACAACUUGCUAAAAGGAGGCAUUCCUGUAGUGGGAAUCACGGAGCUUGCUGGGGAGAGCUCUGCUGGGAAGACUCAGAUCAGUUUACAGCUGUGCCUGUGUGUGCAGUAUCCUUACAAGUAUGGGGGCUUGGAGUCUGGAGCUGUCUACAUUUGUACAGAAGAUGUGUUCCCAAGCAAACGCUUGCAGCAGCUCAUAGACCAACAGCAUAAGCUGCGUGCAGAUGUUCCAGCUGAAAUCAUACAGAAGAUCAGAUUUGGAAACAGUAUUUUUGUUGAGCAGGCAGCAGACCUGCAGGACACGUUCCAGCAGUGCAUCACGAGGAGGCUGUCCCUGCUGCUGGCGCGGGGCAUGGCGCGCCUCGUGGUCAUCGACUCCAUGGCCGCCCUGUUCCGCUGCGAGUUCGGCGCCGCCGAGGCGCCUCUCAAGGCUCGCUACCUGCAGAGCUUUGGGGCACAGCUGCACAGCUUGAGCACGAGGUUCAGGACUCCCAUCAUGUGCAUCAACCAGGUGACGGAUGCAGUGAGUGAGUCGGAGGCUGCUCAGUGCAGUUGCAGGGCAGUGGGUAGCAGAGUCACUCCAGCCCUGGGGAUAACCUGGUCCAACCAGCUGCUGAUGAGGCUGAUGGCCAGGCGGGAGCCCGGCCCCGCGCCCGCAGCGCCGCGCUGUGCUGCCAGCACCAGGACUCUGAGUGUUGUUUUUGCUCCUCAUCUCCCUCCAUCCUUCUGCUACUAUACAGUACAGUUGGAAGGUGUAAAAGGAAUAAAGUAAUGCUUUUGUAUGGUAAAGCCUCCUGCUCCAAAAAUGUUCCAGGACUUUGCUUUAGGAAGAAUUACCGGUGAAAUGCAAUUCUUGCUAGAUGAGAGAAAUUGAUGGUGAAGUAUAUGAACAAUGGUAUGGCUACAUUUAGCCUUGUCUGCAUUGUGCAAGAUUAUCUUUUUACACCUGGAUGUUCAGCUUUUCCUUGUGAGAUGAGUGUCCUGGAGGUUCUGAAGGAAAGGGAAGCUGUGGGUAGGUGGAGGCUGCACAGUGGAGUGGGCUUUAGCAAUCCCCAUGAGGGGGGAGAUGUGAUGUCUAAUUUUAUUUUAAUAGCAUGCUUGUCUAGAAACAGCAUUUACUGCAGUUUUGUACCCUGUUUCCAGACCCAACAGGACUUGAAAUUCAACCAGUUUAUGUUGCCUGCUGGUCGUUCUGGGUCUCAUGCUGCCAAUUAAGGAUAGCCAUUCUUUGUCACAAAGCAGCUGUCCUAUUUUAAAACAAUUUGCUACCAAGAUUUUAAAGAAAACAAUCCCAUAAAGUUACUUUAUUUUACCAUCUUACUGUAAGAAUAAAAAUUGCACUGCCUUUGUACUAGAUGAGUGUAUCUAGCUUCAUAGCACUCUUUAAAGAUUUUUAAUGGUUCAUUUCCACUUUUUUCCUGCUUUCCAGUCCCUUCCCUUCAUAGCAAAAGCCUCUUUAGUCUAUUUUAUUUGAAGGACAGCAAAUCACAUCCCCCAUCCUCUUGUUCUCUUUGCCCAUUGCUGAAGCUUUGUAGCCUCAGGGCAAGGUCUCUGUUCUCCCUGAUGCUCUGCCCUGCUCUGUGCUUUGCUGGAUCAGCAUUCCUCAUGGGCUUUUGGAUUGCUGCCUCUCAUGUCCUGUCCCUGCUGCUGGGCUCUCAGCUCAGCCAUGAUCCUGAAGGGCACCUUCAGCUCUUUUCAUCCAGUCAGAUUCUAUUGCUCUUCUGAGGUGAUUUUUGUUGUUCAGUUACAGCUUCACAUGGGUUUUCUUCCUGCCUUUUUGCUAUUUGUCACAUUUUUCUGCUGUCCUCAGACCACUGCCAUGACAUCCACUCUUCCUUAUGGCUGAAUUUUUCCUUUGCUCUGUCCAUGUGAAAGCAAUCCAGCUGAAGUUACACUGUCCAGAGGCCUCUGUUCUGUGCGUGCCUGCUCUCAGCAGUGAGUGAUGCUCACACACUCACCAAGCUCUCACAUUUCUCCUCCUUCUGCUGCUGGCCCAGACAAGAACUCCACGUGUUUCUGUGGGGUGACAUUGCUCAGGUCUCUUGGCCAGGAACCCUGUGUUUGUGUAAAGCUGCCUCCCUCCUCUGCCUUUCCCCCGUCACACUCCUUCAGGACAUUCAUCCUCUUUCCAUGUGGAAGCAAGCAGCUGGAUAGCUGAAAGGGAAAGUUUUGUCUGGCUGUGAACUGCCUCAGCUGGAACUAUGGCAGAAGAUUUCUCAAGGGACAGAUGAGUAUAUGACUGAAGGAAAAGAGAGCCUGUGUGACUGCCUGGGGAAGUUCCAGAGGAGAACAGGCACAGCUUGAAGCUGAAGGAAGGAGACCAUAAGCAAGCAGAAAGGAUGAGCUGCUUUCAGUGCCUUCUGCAACCCCUUCAGAUGUCUCAGGGGCCCUUGUGCAAAUAGCACAAGUUGUGUCUCAAUCAUUUUCCUAAAAUGUCUUCAUUCUCUGUAUUUGGAAAUGACCACACAGCUUCUUUUAAUAAAAGCCAACCAUGAAGCUUAGAAGCCUUUGUGUCUUUUAAGGAAAAAGUGAGAAUGCCACAGCUCAGAGGCAGGGCCACCUCCUCCUCUGAACCCUUACCUUCCAUGCCUCCUGCCUAACAACUUCAAUGAAGAUCAACUAAUGCAGCACAGGUAACACUCCAGCUCUGCUCCUGCCUGUGCAUCUGGGCUGCAACUGCAGCCAAGGUAAUGUUCAUCCUCUUGUGCUGACUGGGAAAAGCAGCCACAGAGAGCUGCAGCUGAUUAAUGGAGUCACCAAACCCUACCUAAAUAUUCAUUUACAGAAGAGCCUCAUCAAAUGCUGGGCUCCAAUCCCAGGAGUUUGCUUUGCUGUGAGCCACGUCCAGAACAGGGUGAAACCUCCAAAAGCUCAGUCUGUCAUAUUUUAAUCACUUUUUUGCAACUUGCAGCUGCUUGCUGAACAGCCCUGAAGUGUGAAAAGUCGCAGAUGGGUCUGUAAUCAAAGUUCUGGUUUACCUGGUGAAAAACACUUUUACCAACAAACAGAAGUAACAUUUUGCCUGCUCAAGUGUUCUGUCAUUACCCCGUUGGUUUGUUGGUUAUUUCUCUCCAGCUGAGUCAGGGUACAUUUCAGUUUGUCACCUGGCUCAGGAACACACACAAACCCUGAAAUCUCAAAUGCAGCUGAGCCCCACUGAGGCCCACAGCCAACACUCAAUCACUGCAGCUCCUGCCCCACCCCCAGCCCCAGCACAGCCCAGGCUGCCCAUUGACCCAAGGGCCCCUUUGGGGCUGCAAACCCUCACAGGAACCCAACACAGCACCUGUCUAUUGAAGCCUUGUGUCAGAAGUGUUGAAAUGUGCUUAAGUUUUAAUAAAUGCAAGUUAAGAACCUUCCCUUUAUAGAACUUUAUUCAUCUUUGGGUUUCACAACUGAGAUUUGUAUUUUAUACAAGAAAAAAUUUAAGUAAUUUUUACAAAGAAGAUUUACAGUCUAGAAUGUAUUAAGUCUUUACCCUGCAAGACUACUUAAAUAUUCUUCUACACUUUGAAAAGAAAUGUUAAAUGACACUUGAGAAACUAUGGUUGCCUAAAUAUUUCUCAUUUACAAGCAGAUGUAACCAAGGAAGUGUUGCAACUUCACUGUGAACACAAGCACCCUCCCAGCAUGGGCCUUUGGACUUCUACCAGGCCCCCACACUCUGUUUGGCUUCUUGCUUUGUUGUUUCAGGUUUUUUAACAAGUGACCUUAACUAUUCAGUGUACUGGCACAAUUGUGAAUGGUUUUGGGGGGAAAAAUAAUCCAAAGCAGAUGUUUGAGAUACUCCUCACUUCUAAACAUUUACACACACACACCCCCCCCCGUGAACUUCUGUAAGUCGAUGACAAUGAAACUAAACUUGUCAGCAUCACAUCUGUUAACAUUUAUUCUCUCAGUACAGACUAACAUGACCAAAAAUGCCACUCUCUUAGCAGCCUUCAGACACAGCAUGUGACCUACAUAACAAAAACCAACUAUCAUCAAUUACUGUAAACACAACUGUCAAUGCAGCACUGCACACACUUUUUAUUAGAUAUUUACAACAGAACCAUACCAUUUGUAAAAUCUCUGGAUUCAAAUGAUACAAUUUAAGUACAAAUGCUUCUCAAACUCAAAACCAUUUUAAUUUACGAUUCAGGAGUGCUUGGGGGAUAAAGGUGUCAUUUACUCUAAGUACAAAGUGUAGAUAACUGACUCUUUCUGCAUUGUGUAAGUGCAGACACACCACAGCAACAGGUCACUUACUCCUCCAGAAGAGGAGCAAAUCAUGAAACAAUUACAUUUUACAAGACUAUUUACUAAGAUCUAAACUCAAAACCAAACAUUGCCAAUAUAGCACACAGCCAAAGACAGAAGGGCAAUAGGCACCUUUCCAUCAGGAACAAUUCCGUGUACAAUUCAUCCCACAUCCUGCUGUACACCCAGGCUCACCACUGUUUGUGGGAGAAUCUGAGCCUUAAUGUGGACUCCUCGUUACAUUUUUAUUCAACUUCGCCCUUAAAAUGUUAGUCAAGGCCAAAAAUGCCAGAUUAAAAACACAACUGCACUACCAAGGUUGCAGUUUUCCUAACAAGGUGCCUGUUAAUUUUUAAGGUCUUUUCCUGUUUUUUGUUUCAUCAAGAGCUGUUGAUUUAGUUUGGUGCUGAAGACAUCCCAGAAUUACACAACUGGAUAUUCUGGAUAUGUUUUUUACCUCUUAGCUAUAACUACAACCUCACAAAAGGAAAUCCAGAAAGAAAAUCUUGCAUAAAAGUGAACUGAGAAGCCCAUCUGAAAUAUAAAUGUACAUAAACCAUGUCCUGACAGUAACCCAUCCAUGCUUCAAACACAGGGAAUGCUGACUUUGAUUUGGUUUGUGAUUUUUAGAUGUUCUCAAACUGCUAACAGGUAACUGGCUCCUAGCAGUAAGGACUUGGCUACUAUUCUCAGGGAUUAUGGAUUAAAGAAGUCUUGAAAUUUGCUUCUUCUCAGAAAACAAUAUGAACCUCUUAAAUGUAAAAGUUAUUUAAUAUGCAUUAGCUCAACAACUUCCAUCACACUUUAAAAUACUAUAUAAAGGAUUAAAACAUUUAGAAGCACAGUAUUAGUAAUGCCACCACCAGCAAGAUCUUGACCAGGCAACUUCCCUCACGAUCACCCUCUACACACCACAGUCGUACACUCUGAAACUUACUGUACAUUGUCAUUUGGCAUGGUUGCAUAAUUUAUUGCUUAUUUACACAGGGUGGGGGGUUUGAGAGGUUGCAAAAAAUCAUUCUGCUUCAAAGAUGAAUGUGGGAAUC